CGCUCGGCUGCUUUCUUCUACCUUGGCCUUGGGUUGAUUUAACAAUAACAAAUACCCAAUCCCCAGCACUGGCAUUCCGGCCUGACGGUUGUCGACCUCGGAAUCCACAUCUCAUCUCCGUACGAGUGGCGUAUCGCAUCGCAUCAGGCUUCUAUAUCUGAUCGCCUCCUCCCACCUCCAGUCCUCGACUUGUCAAGACAUCCAAGACAGAAGAACGAGAGCGCCAGGACUUGCGACUCUCUCCAGACAAAACCGCAACAGAAGAAGCGUACCCGACUACGCUUAAACAGACAGCAUGGCCGACCCAUUUGCCCCGCGCUCCAUGAAGCGCAAGAACGUCAAAGGUCUUGCCUUGGCUCCUGCCGCUCCCAAGCCCCCGCCGACGGCCGAGACCUUUUACAAGGAUAAAGACGACGACAACAACGCCCAGCUAGAGAUCGGCAUCGAGUUCAACCUGGACCUCAGGCCCGAAGAUCUGGACCUCAUCAAAGAGUUGGGAGCUGGAAACGGAGGCACAGUCAGCAAAGUCAGGCAUAUCCCGACAAAUACAGUUAUGGCUCGCAAGGUUAUCCAUGUUGAGGCCAAGAAGGAGAUGCGCAAGCGUAUCGUCCGCGAGCUUCAGAUCAUGCACGGCUGCCAUUCCGAGUACAUUGUCACCUUCUAUGGCGCCUUCCUUAACGAGCACAACGAUGUGAUUAUGUGCAUGGAGUACAUGGAUGUUGGCUCGCUCGACCGUAUCUCCCGUGUCUUCGGUCCAGUCCGCGUUGAUGUCCUCGGAAAGAUUGCGGAAGCUACCCUCGGCGGUCUCACAUACCUCUACUCCAAACACCACAUCAUGCACAGAGACAUCAAGCCCUCCAACAUCCUCGUCAACUCAAAGGGCCACAUCAAGCUUUGCGAUUUCGGUGUUUCCGGAGAGCUAGUCAACUCUGUCGCCGACACCUUUGUGGGUACAUCCACCUACAUGGCUCCCGAAAGAAUCCAGGGCGACAAGUACACAGUCAAGUCUGAUGUGUGGAGUUUCGGCUUGACUGUCAUGGAGUUGGCGAUUGGCAAGUUCCCGUUCGCCAGUGAUCAGCUUGGGGAUGAUGCUGAAAAUGCUCCCGCCGGUAUUCUCGACCUUCUCCAACAAAUUGUUCACGAGCCAGCACCGAAGCUACCCAAGAGCGAUGCUUUCCCACAAAUCCUUGAGGAUAUGAUCCAGAAGUGUCUUUACAAGGAACCCGAGAGGCGGCCGACGCCUCAAGAGCUCUUUGACCGCGAUCCCUUUGUACAAGCGGCGAAGAGAACCCCAGUCGACCUGAGAGAGUGGGCCUGCAGCUUGAUGGACCGGGACAACCGCAAGUCUCAUCUGCAACCACAACUCUCUCCGUCGUCGCACGAUUUUCUAAGGUCCAGCGAUGAACCUACACCCACUUCAGGCAGCGCUGGCCGCACAGGUGGACCGUCUGUACAUCCGGGACUAGGGAGCCGAGCAGCUACGACUGGCUCUCAGCCCAGGUACCCGCAGCAGGCUCCUCCUCCUCCUCCGUUCGAAAAGAGGCCCUCCAUGUCAACCGGCCAUUCGUAUACCAGUUCCUCGUCCUCGAGCCGAUCGGGCUUCGCCCUACCCAUCCGACCGGGGCCUCCGGGCCAGCCGAUGCCGCCGCCGCCCCCACGAAGACAGUUGACAGCAGAGGAACUGCAGAGGGAAAGUCGCCGGCAAGCCGCAAUGCAGCCUCCAACUGGCCGAUUUUGAGUUGAGUGUUGCAUAUGAUGGAUUAUGAGAGGAUGUUUCUUUGCAUAAAUAAUACUCAACCCCUCCCCCUUUCUUUUGCAGCUCCGCUUUGCCCGUUUACCCCCCUUUGUUUUGCAUAUACACGUUGACCUUC